UGGUCUUUACAAAUUCCUAGCGUGUUUGCCGCCAGACAUUGAGGACAUACCCCCGACCCGCACGGUUCACUUCCAAGCACAGAAGCGGAACACGACUCUACAUUGCAUAGAGCAUUGACCUUACAAUAACAAGGUGCUGAAUUGUCAAGCCUCCCCUUCCUGACAAAUGGGCGCGACCCGGCGCCCACUACCAAAGACUGUAACUGAGCACUACCAUUUCUGCUAUGAGGAGGUGUCGUCUCUCCCUUCCUUCCAGUGGGCGCGUCCAAGCCAUGACUGUGUGCAGUGAGAGGCCAACUACUGUACGUUUUCACACAGAGGCCUGCUCGGAGCCUCCCCGCCUAUACGGUGGGCGCGGCUAGGCACUGGCUGACAGCAUUGAAGGCUGGCUGUACCACGUCCCCCCUAUAGGGGUUUUUUGGUGUUGGUUAUAGCGGCCGGCUCCAGGCUGUGUGGUUAUGUGAGAAGACGACAAUGCCAGCCCCGGCUCACACAGCUUCACUGCCCGGGGCUGCCUGGGAAACGACGUCUGCAGAGCCGUGACGUCACCGAGUCGCAGGGCUGGAGAUAAUGACAUCAUUUGCGGUGCUGCACUGUGCUGAGGGAGAAGUGCAUCUGACAGCCUGACAGAUCCGCAGUCCAUCCAUCACCUUCCUUGUAACUGAAUUUAAAAAGCAAUUUAAAAAAAUAAAUCUCUCCUAGUGGAAUACAAGACAUGACUGACAAGGACAAGAUCCUAACCUAUGGAAAUUACUGGAACAGUAUUUGUACUGUUUUUGCUGAUUGUACUUUCAUUUAAGCGACUGGCCAUGGAUAACAUAUAUUGAUUUUGGAGGCUAAACAUUGUGGUACAUGUAGGAACUUUAUGACCAAAUACCUUAAGCCAAUGUUUUGUUGACACGGCUUUUCUCUCAGAGGUGCAAUGCAGAUUGUUUUCUUAUUUUAUCAUGGUUAGUAAAUAUUACAUUACAGGACUUUGCAAAAAUAGCACUUGGAGCCUCUGGUGUAGGUGAUGGAGCCAGAGAAAGGCCAGAAGAGCACAAGGAAGUUGGAGGAAGGUGUAAGGAAAAGGCCGAAUAAAGGAGAGGAGGUGCAGGGCCCAGUAUCUUCAGCAGAAGACAUUACAGUUAGUGGUCAGGAAGAGCUUUCACCACACACACAUUUCCCGGGCUCCCUGAAGAUAGCAAGAGAGGGUCCACCUAGGAGAGUGGGAAGACCUUGUAAACCAAAAGUUCCAUUGCUUGGGCAACUUCACGUUUCAAAAUCACAGCCUGCUUCACCAGCAUUUAUGGCUCCCCGUCUGGAUACAGAGCAUAGUCAUGAGGGCCAAGUAUGGCAAGUUUUAGAUCCAAUACAGUCAGGUCCGUCCAGGUCGUUCUCUUCUUCUGCACCACAUGCAAGGCUUAGCCGUCCAGCAGAGGACCCUACUCAGAAGGUUUAUGUCCAGCGGCCAACUCAGGUUUCUGUAAAACAAGCAGAUGAGCCUCCUAAAAAGGAGAAGAAGUCCCAAAAGCCAGGCAAAUAUAUUUGCCAAUAUUGCAGCCGACCAUGCGCUAAACCAAGUGUUCUUCAAAAGCAUAUCAGAUCUCAUACCGGGGAGCGGCCAUAUCCCUGCGUCCCUUGUGGGUUUUCUUUUAAAACAAAAAGCAAUCUGUAUAAACAUAGGAAGUCUCAUGCUCACAGGAUCAAAGCUGGGCUGGCAUCAGAAAUAAGUGUAGAGACAUAUCCAUCCAGCCUAGAGAUGGAAAGGCUUGGAGGGGAAGAAAUUGAUGAUCCAUCAGAAGGAGAAAGCACAGACUCUGAGGAUGAGACAAGCACAAUGUCAAACCUAGUGGAAUUGUCUCCACAACAAAAGCAUCACUUGACAUGUGAUACCAAAGUUGUGUCUAGACACCAAGUUACAGCCCAUGAUCUCUUUUCUUUGUCCCAACAAAACAUAUCCCAAACCUCCGAGGAGAGUGUAACAUUCACUGAACCUUCAUCUGAACUUGUCCAGAAAUCAGAAGAUACUCACAGUAUAAAGCAGAAGCUGGCACUUAGGUUAAGUGAAAGAAAAAAAGCCAGUGAGGAGCAGACUUUUCUUAGCCCAGGAAGUAAAGGAAGUACAGAGUCUGGUUAUUUUUCACGCUCAGAAAGUGCAGAGCAGCAAAUUAGUCCUCCCAAUACCAAUGCUAAGUCAUAUGCUGAAAUUAUUCUGGGUAAAUGUGGAAGAAUUGGACAAAGAUCCACCAUGUUAGCCAGCCCUUCUGCUUUAGUUGCUGCAGAGGAAAAAACAGCUAUGGCAUCAAUGUCUGUACCUAGGACACAGGUAAUUGAGCAUAUUACCAAACUCAUUACAAUUAAUGAGGCUGUAGUGGAUACUAGUGAGAUUGACAGUGUUAAACCAAGAAGAAGCUCAUUGUCUAGGAGAAGCAGUAUUGAGUCUCCCAAAGGAACUCUAUAUCGAGAAUCUUUCCAGUUUGAUGUUAAAUCACCAGGGUCCCAACUAGAUCCUAAGUCUGAAAAGACAAAAGCUGAACAUCCAUUCCCUUCCCUUCAGCAUUCCCACGGUGCCACAGACACAGUGCCUCUUCUUCGAAGCCACUCUAUGCCUUCCUCAGCAUCCACUUCAAGUUCUCCACAUCCAUUUAGAGCUAGUUAUUCUUUUGAUGACCGAAUUGUAGAUUCAGAAGCUUUGGGCCACAGUCAUAUGUUUUCUUCACACCCACGCCUGCUAAAAAGACAACCAGCAAUAGAACUACCUUUAGGAAUGGACUACUCUUUAGAUGAAGGUAGUUUAACAGUAAAAGACACUGCUGUGAAAACAUCUGAAGACGUGGAAGGGAAAGAAAGUGAAGUUCCUAAAAAGUCCAAAAAAGGGGGUAGGGUAAAGGGUUUGACCUAUGAAUGUAAUAUUUGUGGUGCUCGAUACAAGAAAAGGGGUAAUUAUGAAACUCACAAGAAAUACUACUGCUCAGAGCUACAGAUUAUGAAACCUCCAUCUUUGAGCUCUCAAAGUUCUGUAGAAAUCGGAAAAGAACUUUCAGAACAGGAAGCGUGGCCUCAGGUGAUGAGUUACAAGUUAGCGCCAAAUGUAGAGUCAUCUACCUUGCGUAAACGACGGAAAGAAAAGAGUCUCGGAGAUGAUGAAGAACCCCAAAUGGCUGAUUGGUCUGAGUAUCCGUCUACCACAGCACUAGAAUCGCACUUUGCUGCUUCCACUACAUCCUUGACUUUGUGCAGUGAUACCCCUAAGCAGUUUAGUGGUCGAAGUGAAUCUACAUCUUUGUCAGAUGUAGAGAGUAAAGAAAAGACUAUGAUUUCUAAGGAAAUUUCUGUCAUCCAGCAUACUAGUUCAUUUGAAAAAUCUGAGUCUAUUGAAAAGAAGAGUAGUUUUGAUGAGGAAGAUAUGACUGUAGCACAAGUGUCUGUGAGACCUCAUACCCAGUCAUCUCAUCCUUUACAGCCUAAGUUAGUCCGUCAGCACAACAUUCAGGUACCAGAAAUCUUAGUCACUGAAGAACCAGAUAAACCAGAGGCUGACAUUGAAGAUCCACCCAAAGAACAAGAGAAAGUAGAAGAGUUCCAGUGGCCACAGAGGAGUCAAACACUUGCACAGCUACCUGCUGAAAAACUCCCACCAAAAAAGAAGAGGUUACGCUUGGCAGAAAUGGCACAGUCUUCUGGAGAUUCCAGCUUUGAAUCAAUGUCCCUCACCCGCAGCCCCAGUCAGGACAGCAGCAUUUCACAUGCCUCCAGUCAUUCUCUCUCAAUUGAUAGAGAAGAGGGUUCUAAAUCUGAAGUUUUAGGUCUGUCAUCAGAGGGUACUACUAAGGCACUUGGACAUCACAUGCUCACUGUCCCUUCCCACCAUCAUCAUAUGAGAGAAAUGAGAAGAUCUGCAUCUGAACAGACACCAAAUAUAUCUCACACACCACAGGAUUCAGAGAAUCGAAGCAAAUCUUUUGAUUAUGGUAAUUUAACAUCUUCAACUUCAACAUCAAUGCCAACAGCUCAGGAGCGAAGGAAGUGCUUCUCACUUCGACAAACCUCUCUAAGCAGACAUGUUGAAAUUGAACCUGAACUAUUGCCACGUGACUGGAAAGAAUCAGAUAAACCAUCUACUUCAAGCCAAGUACUAGGCAUGGAAUUUCAUGAACAAUCUUCCAGAAUUUCCCCUAAAGAGCAGCAAAGUUCUCCUUCCCAAUCAAAGCAAAGAACUAUUCAUUCUGUAACUAGUGAAACAGAAAAUAGCUAUUUAUCACAGCAAUUAUCAAUAUUUCCUAUACAACCAUUAUUGCAUUUGCCUCAACAUCCUUCAGAACUAUUACCUUCUCAAGUUAUGAGCAGUAUGUCUGCACCGUUUUCUGUACAACCAAUUACACAUUCUAUAUUUCAUACUCCACAAAUUCCUUUACAGCCAGCUCUUUUGCAUCCAGACCAUGUUCAAAUACCCCUGGACAUUCCUGUUAGACCACACUCUCCAUUUCUAAGCUUGCCUUACUCAGCAUCCCCAUCAUUGCCCCACACAUUCUUUAUGCCUAUACAACCACAAUUUGCUCUUCCAGUGUCUGCACAAGUUGGUUGCCAUUAUCCACAAAUAAAACCAGAGGUUUCCCCUCCCUUAUCAAUUUCCAACAUUUCACCUUCCAAAGAUUAUUUUUCUGGGAGUAUCCAUACCUCUCCUCAUAGCCCACUUGCUUCAGAAUCUUCUGCGCAAGUGACCCUUUCACAUUCAGAAUCUGUUGUAUCAUUAGUUGUUCCAGUAAGAAUUCAGACACAUAUGCCUUCUUAUGGUAACGCUAUGUACACUACACUGUCUCAAAUGCUUGUUACACAACCACCUUGUUGUCCAUCUUCCCUUGUUAUGCAUAGAAUCAGUGAUGGGCAAUCUAAGGGUUAUCAUGGCAUUGACUUGCCUCAUGUUUUACCAAAAGAUCAGCGUAUAGUAAGUGAAUUGCCUUACUUAAGUGUGCCAUUUCCAAAAACUGACCCAAGCAACUACAUUCCACUUACUUCUUCUGUUGAGGGUGUCCUAGGAUUUGAUGGAAGCUCAUCAUCUGUUGGGGGCAGUAAGCGGAUGUUAUCCCCUGCUGGCAGCUUGGAGCUCACAAUGGAGACCCAGCAACAAAAAAGAGUGAAAGAAGAAGAUGAUCCAGAAGAGAGACUUCAGAAGCCAUUGCUGAAGGCGCAGUCAGUGUUGGAGCAAAGCAGAUCAACAAAUAUAGCUGUUCUUACUUCCUCACCCCAAAACAGAUCAGAGCUGUUAACACCACCGCUACCAUCUCUUUUUGACCCAUUAACAGCACUAGAAAGACAUAAAAUCCAGCUAGUACCAACUACUUUGUGUCAAUUAUUGUUACAAGAAGAACAAAUAAAAGAAGAUAGUAUAAAAGUGAAAGAAGAAAAAGAUGAUAAAGUUUUGCAUGUUCCUACUUCAUCCAGUAAGCCACCAAGCCAUGUAACAGUCUCCCUUCAGGAAGCAGAGGCUAAAAAUGCCUCAACUUUUCCAACUCUUCAUACAACCACUAAUGUCAGUUGGUGCUACCUAAACUAUGUAAAGCCAAAUCACAUGCAGCAAAGUGACCGAAGGGCUUCUGUAUAUUCUAGCUGGUGUAUUAGUUUAUAUAACCCAAAUCUUCCUGGAGUUUCAACCAGGGUGGCAUUAUCGCUGUUGAGGUCCAAGCAAAAAAUGAGUUCAGAAAUUUAUACAAUUGCCAAUGCUCCACAACUGGAUUCAAACAUGGCACACUCCCAAACCCGGAAACCCAAAAUGACAGAGCAGGCUCAUAUUCCCACUCAAGCGCACAAGGAGACACCUAGAGCUAAUAAAGAAGAAGAGAAAAGGGUCAAAUCAGAAGACUCUGGGCCGACUCCUAAGCGAGGAGAGCCUUCACGUGUGCGGAUCUUUGAGGGAGGGUACAAAUCAAAUGAGGAGUAUGUUUAUGUGCGAGGCCGCGGCCGGGGAAAGUAUGUGUGUGAGGAGUGUGGGAUUCGUUGCAAGAAACCAAGCAUGUUAAAGAAGCAUAUUCGCACACACACAGAUCACCGGCCAUAUGUGUGCAAGCACUGCAAUUUUGCCUUCAAAACCAAAGGGAAUUUAACUAAACACAUGAAAUCCAAAGCACACAGCAAAAAGUGCCAGGAACUAGGUUUAGUGCCACCGUCUUUUGCUGACCUGGAUGCAGAGGAAGGGACAAGUGAAGAGCGAUGGCCAGAGAGUGAUGUGGUGGAAGAGCAUCAGUUCUCUGACUUAGAAGAUACAGAUGACGAUGAAGAUUCUGAUGGAGAAGAGGAGGACGAUGAUGAUGAAGAUGAAAGUCAGGAAGAAAAAAAUCCAGAUAUCUCACCAAGUACUGUCACUUCUUAUUCACCUAAUGAGCCAAGACAAAACCCAGACAGUGCAGAUAACACUUCUGCUUGCCAAUUCUCUUCUCGGCAAUUACAGACUUCAGAGUCUUCUGGAAAAGAUUCCCAAACACUGCUGCUAUCUGAUCAGUCAGUGUCUCAAGAGCUAAUCCCCAGUAGACCGUGGUCUCCAGGCAAAGAUAUAGGCAGUAGUCGGGCAGGUCCAUCCAGGAGACAUGUUCUCCAGAAGAGAGAAAGCUCCCCAAAAUGUUUUUCACCGACAGGCUGUACCUCACCCCGUAGGGGAAUGUCACCAUGCCAGCGCUUGCCAUCAGCUAGGGAAGUGUCUCCUUUACGAUGUGUUUCUCCUCAGCAACUGUCUCCUCAUCGUAAUCUUUCACCAAGGGCAUAUAUGUCACCAGAGAGGGGUUCUUCACCACCAGUCCGACAUUUAUCCCCCAGCAGUGAAGUCACAAGUCUGCGUUAUGCAGCUUUUAGAGGUGGACUAGCUUCACCACCCAGGUAUCCAUCUCUUGGGAGAGAAGAGCCCCAUCAUACAAGGUCAGAUGCUCAGAUCCACUUAAAAGCUCAGCAUGGAGUACUUCCAUCUAGAGCUCAACCUCAUGGGACUUCUGAACCUCUGGAGUCUUCAGGGAUCAAGAAACCACGACCAUCCGUUUUCCCUGCUGUACCAAGAACCUUUUGCUCACCUCUUACACCUCAUACAUUGCCAAGGAGUGGAGAAAACUUAUAUACCCAUCUGCCUCUGCAUUCGCAGCAUCUUCAGCGGACACCCUAUCCAAUGAUCCCUAUUGGGGGCAUUCAAAUGGUACAGGCCCGACCCAGCCCUCAACCCUCUCUAGUAGGACCCAUACUUUCUGAACUACAUGUAGAAGGCCCUGAUAAGGAGGCACCACAAGAAAGAAAUGAGCAGCCACUCAGGACUAACAGGAGAGAGGAAGACAGGGCAAUGUCAACCCCCAGCACAGCCCCACAGCAUUCACCAACUCCAAGCACUUACUGCCAAACCGCUUGCACUCCAUCUCCACCACCUGGAACACCUCACUCCAGCGUUGACUGUCUUAAAGAAGAGCAUGUGGAAGGGGAAGGGUGACUUGGCUCUACCAAAAAGGGUGCUCCCAUUUUCAGUUCCUUCUUUCUAUGAUCUCUCCAUAUAGGUGACAGCAUGAGGCUAACUGUGAAAAGGAAUCCUUUUAAGGAUAACAGUCCAAGGUGUUGAAAAUCCAAAUAUAGCAAUGUGAGAUUUGUUUGGAUCCCUUAAGGGUACAGGGUUAGAAUUGCGUGGAGUUGAAGAAAGAAACCUUUGUACGAUUGAGAAUAAUCGUGGAAUCUUUACAAAGUUUAAGAAUUGGUAAUCUUCAGUUAGAGUUAAGCAUCCAGGGUAUGACUAACCCUUUAAGCGUUCACGUUCUUUUCUGCUCUGGUACUGAAAGACACUUACAAUUACCGUAAACGUUAGGAUCAGUUGCAUCCACAUCUAUAAUAUAGAAUGAUACAUACAUAUAUAUAUUUUAAGAUACACAAUAGACAUCCUUUCCCUCCAGUUCAGGGCUAAAGGGAACAACUUCAUUUCAUUCCAUUUUGUCCCAUCAAUGUCAUCCCAUAUGCAGUUUAUCUGUGCCUUUUUAUACACAAUUUUCUUUUAAGAUGAAAAACAAAAAAUAUAUAAAAAAGGAACUUUCUACGCUGUGAAAAAUGUGAAUCUUUUCCAAUGUGCACCUGCUUCUAUAAAUAUUUUAUUGGGGAAAGCCAGAUUUCUAAGAAUCUGUUUUGGCUGUGCUCCCCCUUAUAAUGUGAUCCUGAGAUGUUGGAAGGAAAUGCACUGAAAAAGUUGUUUUUGUUGUUUUUUUAGUCUAUAUAUAUCUGAAUAUCUAUCUAUAUAUAUUGAAAUGGGAUAGGUGUCUACAGUGGUGUACAGAUAUAUUUAUACAAAUUUAUUUAAUUAGAAUUGUAUUGUCUUUUUCUGUUUUUGCUUUAAGGGUUUUGGGUACAAAAGAAAUGAAAGCUUUAUUUUAUGUUGUCACUAAACCCAGCACUUCUCCAAUGUGAUGAAAGUGGUACAGCACUUGAUGUGCUGUGGAGCAAUGCUGAAUGAUGUGGAACUGCAGUAACUGCACUGUAUAAUGUUGGGGAGCACUCAUUCUGGAUGUGAGAGAACUGAGAACUGUGUAUUGUCAGUUACCGUGCUAAACUGCACUGCUCAAAAGAAAAAGGAAAAGUCUGGUACCGUGUUAGCCAAUAGAAAACUAGUUUAGUUCUAUCAAUAAGAGAAACAAAAUAAGAGUAUUUCAGGUUUGAUAACUUUUA